AGGUCUGCUCCUUGAACAUAAGGCCAACCCUGUCUCAUCCAAGAAGUCCGGCCGAUCAUCAUUACCGGGGGCGGCACGGAAUGGGCAUCAGAGCACACUUGCCAUUUUCAAAAGUAUCCGGAAAUUUGGGCAUUACUUGGCGUUUCCCGGCCCCACCAAUUCAACUGGCAGAAUCAAAAAGACUAAAAAAAAUCUCAAGAAAUGAGAUCAAUGCUUGACGGACCUUGUGUUGGAAGUUUUGGCACUCUUUUCGCUCACUUCCUAUUCGAUAUAGGGACGUAAUACAGGGGAUCCUCCUGGUUUGUGUUGCCAAGCUAUUCGCCAGAUCUCGCGAUACCUCUGCAAGUUGCGAGCGGUGAAGCUGCUCCUAGAGCGGGCCGGUGUCAAUUCCAAGACCCCCGGCGACUAUGGUGGGAAGCCCGCUCCCCAGCUACCCUCCCGUCCUCAAACACUCCCACGUGAAAAAGCAUCCCCAACUUGUUCGAUGAGGACAACUUGAGCCUGCAAUCGCAUACUCUCGAUAGUGGCUCUAUCGAUCCUCUAAUCAUAUCCCCGGACGACUACAACACCGCGAUGGAUGAUAUAGAUGCCCACCACUAGUAUUAUCCGCUACCUUUAUCUCUCUUCUUUCUACCUUUUCUUUCUGCAAUACCACAAAUCCCCCAGAAUUGCUUGGUUCCCGUACUUUUCGUAUUCUUGUUCAGGUUCAUUUGUCCCACAUCCAGCCUUUUCAUUCUAUACUCUGCGGUCUCACGUCUAUCCCUUUCUUGCGUUAUUUUUUCUUCUUUCAUAUUCCAUUCCGCAUGUGUUGUGUUGGCCGAGCGUGGUGUUGAUGGGAUUAGAUAGAGUAUCAUACUAA